AUGGACUCCACAACAGCGACAGCUGAACUGGGCUGGACAGUCUAUCCUAGCUCUGGCUGGGAGGAGGUGAGUGGCUAUGAUGAGAACAUGAACACCAUUCGCACCUACCAGGUGUGCAACGUCUUUGAUGCCAACCAAAACAACUGGGUGCGCACCAAGUAUAUCCGGCGGCGCGGAGCACGCCGCAUUCAUGUGGAGAUGAAAUUCUCUGUGAGGGACUGCAGCAGUAUUCCCAAAGUCCCGGGCUCCUGUAAAGAGACCUUCAACCUGUAUUAUUACGAAUCUGAUGCUGACACAGCCACCAAGGUGUUCCCUCCGUGGAUGGAGAACCCCUGGAUCAAGGUGGAUACCAUUGCGGCAGAUGAAAGCUUCUCACAGGUGGACCUCGGAGGCCGCGUGAUGAAGAUCAACACGGAGGUCCGCAGCUUCGGCCCCGUUUCUCGUAACGGCUUCUACCUGGCCUUCCAGGACUACGGAGGCUGUAUGUCUCUGAUUGCUGUGCGCGUGUUCUACCGGAAAUGCCCACGUGUCAUCCAGAACGGGGCCAUUUUCCAAGAGACAUUGUCGGGGGCAGAGAGCACCUCUCUGGUGGCAGCGAGAGGAGUGUGCAUCCCUAAUGCAGAGGAAGUGGAUGUACCCAUCAAACUGUACUGCAAUGGUGAUGGAGACUGGAUGGUGCCCAUCGGCAGAUGCAUGUGCAAGGCAGGACAUGAGGCUGUGGAGAAUGGAACUGUCUGUAGAGCUUGUCUAUCAGGCUUUUUCAAGCCGACCCAGGGCGACGAGGCCUGCUUACAAUGUCCGAUCAACAGCCGUACCACCAACGACGGAGCCACCAACUGCGUAUGCCGCAACGGUUACUACCGCACCGACUCCGACCCCAUCCAGAUGCCGUGCACCACCGUCCCCUCAGCGCCGCAGAAUGUGAUCUCCAGCGUGAACGAGACGUCUCUGAUGUUGGAGUGGUCUCCUCCGCGGGACUCUGGGGGUCGAGAAGACGUGGUCUAUAACAUCAUCUGUAAGAGCUGCGGCGGCGGGCGCGGAGGCUGCACGCGCUGCGGAGACAACGUGCAGUUUGUGCCGCGGCAGCUGGGCCUGACCGAACCUCGCGUCUACAUCAGCGACCUGCUGGCCCACACGCAGUACACUUUUGAGGUGCAGGCAGUGAACGGCGUAUCUGACCAGAGCCCCUACUCGCCGCAGUAUUCCUCCGUCAACAUCACCACCAAUCAGGCUGCUCCAUCUGCAGUGUCUAUAAUGCACCAGGUCAGCCGUACUGUGGACAGCAUCACUUUGUCCUGGUCUCAGCCUGAUCAGCCAAAUGGUGUCAUCUUGGACUACGAACUGCAGUACUACGAGAAGGAUCAGACAGAGUAUAACUCCUCUGUAGUGAAGAGCCAGACCAACACUGCCGUGAUCCGAGGCCUCAAACCAGGCGCCAUCUACGUGUUCCAGGUGCGGGCUCGCACGGUCGCGGGAUUUGGACGCUACAGCGGAAAGAUGUAUUUCCAGACUAUGACCGAAGAGGAGUACAGCACCAGCAUUCAGGAGAAGUUGCCACUCAUCAUUGGCUCGGCAGCUGCAGGCCUGGUCUUCCUCAUCGCUGUCGUGGUCAUCAUCAUCGUCUGCAACCGACGGGGCUUUGAUCGGGCAGACUCUGAGUACACAGACAAGCUGCAGCACUACACCAGUGGCCACAUGACUCCAGGAAUGAAGAUCUACAUAGAUCCGUUUACAUAUGAAGACCCUAAUGAAGCGGUGAGAGAGUUUGCGAAGGAGAUUGACAUCUCGUGCGUGAAGAUUGAGCAAGUCAUCGGAGCAGGGGAGUUUGGGGAGGUGUGCAGUGGCAACCUGAAACUACCAGGAAAAAGAGAAAUGUUAGUGGCCAUUAAGACUCUGAAGUCAGGCUACACCGAGAAACAGAGACGAGACUUUCUGAGUGAGGCUAGCAUAAUGGGUCAGUUUGAUCACCCAAAUGUCAUCCAUCUGGAAGGAGUGGUCACCAAGAGCAGCCCCGUUAUGAUCAUCACCGAAUUUAUGGAGAAUGGUUCACUGGACUCCUUCCUCAGGCAAAAUGAUGGGCAGUUCACUGUCAUUCAGUUGGUUGGCAUGCUCCGUGGUAUUGCCUCAGGAAUGAAGUACCUGUCCGACAUGAACUAUGUGCACCGUGAUCUGGCUGCUCGCAACAUCCUGGUCAACAGCAACUUAGUGUGUAAAGUGUCCGAUUUUGGCCUUUCCCGCUUCCUGGAGGAUGACACAUCUGACCCCACUUAUACUAGUGCCCUGGGAGGGAAGAUCCCCAUUCGAUGGACUGCCCCAGAAGCAAUCCAGUACAGGAAAUUCACUUCAGCCAGUGAUGUCUGGAGCUAUGGAAUUGUUAUGUGGGAGGUGAUGUCCUAUGGAGAAAGGCCUUACUGGGACAUGACCAACCAAGACGUCAUCAAUGCUAUUGAGCAGGACUACCGACUGCCCCCACCCAUGGACUGCCCCAGUGCUCUGCAUCAGCUCAUGCUGGACUGCUGGCAGAAAGACCGCAACAACCGGCCUAAGUUUGGGCAGAUCGUCAACAACCUGGACAAGAUGAUCCGCAACCCCAAUAGUCUGAAAACCAUGACACCUCUGUCUUCAGGAGUACACCUGCCCUUGUUGGACCGCAGUGUUCCGGAUUUCUCCAGCUUUAGCACAGUGGAUGAGUGGCUUGAAGCUAUUAAAAUGGGCCAGUACAAAGACAACUUUGCCAACGCUAACUUCACCAGCUUUGACGUGGUCUCUCAGAUGACCAUGGAUGACAUCCUCAGGGUGGGAGUGACAUUAGCAGGCCAUCAGAAAAAGAUCCUCAACAGUGUGCAGAUGAUGCGGGCUCAGAUGAACCAGAUCCAGUCAGUGGAAGUUUGA